GCGGAAGAUGGUAACAUCGAGUACAAGCUAAAGCUGGUGAAUCCCUCGCAAUACCGCUUUGAGCACCUGGUGACACAGAUGAAGUGGCGACUACAGGAAGGCCGCGGUGAGGCUGUCUACCAGAUUGGUGUGGAGGACAAUGGGCUGCUGGUGGGCCUCUCAGAAGAGGAGAUGCGUGCCUCACUCAAGACCCUGCGUCGUAUGGCAGAGAAGGUUGGAGCUGACAUUACGGUGCUGCGAGAGAGGGAGGUGGAUUAUGACAGUGACGUUCCAAGGAAGAUAACGGAGGUGCUCGUCCGAAAGGUGCCUGACAACCAGCAGUUCUUAGACCUGCGAGUAGCUGUGCUGGGGAAUGUGGACUCAGGGAAGUCAACUCUGUUGGGUGUCCUAACGCAAGGAGAGCUGGACAACGGCCGGGGUCGAGCACGUCUCAACCUCUUCCGACAUCUCCAUGAAAUCCAGUCAGGAAGAACAUCAAGCAUCAGUUUUGAGAUUCUCGGUUUCAACAGCAAAGGGGAGGUGGUAAAUUACAGUGACUCCCGAACGGCAGAAGAGAUCUGUGAGAGUUCCUCCAAGAUGAUCACCUUCAUCGACUUGGCUGGCCACCACAAGUAUCUGAAAACAACCAUCUUUGGCCUCACCAGCUACUGCCCAGAUUUUGCUAUGCUGGUAGUUAGUGCCAACACUGGCAUUGCGGGCACGACACGAGAGCACUUGGGCUUGGCCAUGGCCCUCAAGGUCCCCUUCUUCAUUGUCAUCAGCAAAGUUGACUUGUGUUCAAAAGCCACUGUGGAACGGACAGUGAAGCAGCUGGAACGAAUUCUGAAGCAGCCAGGCUGCAACAAGCUUCCAUUGCUUGUCACCUCAGAUGAUGAUGCUGUUACAGCAGCACAGCAGUUUGCACAGUCUCCCAACAUCACCCCAAUCUUCACACUGUCCAAUGUUUCUGGGGAGAACCUGGAUCUCGUGAAGGUCUUUCUCAACAUCCUUCCUCCACUGACCAACAGUAAAGAGCAGGAGGAGCUAAUGCAACAACUCACAGAGUUUCAGGUUGAUGAAAUUUAUACUGUGCCAGAAGUGGGAACUGUUGUGGGAGGAACUCUGUCAAGUGGGAUCUGCCGAGAAGGGGAGAACCUGGUGGUUGGUCCCACUGAUGAUGGGAAGUUCCUCCGGCUGAAGGUGUGCAGCAUCCAGCGCAACCGCUCAGCCUGCCGCGUGCUGCGGGCUGGCCAGGCAGCCACACUGGCCCUCGGACCUUUCGACCGCUCCCUGCUGCGGAAGGGCAUGGUCAUGGUGAGCCCAGAAAUGAACCCCACCAUCUGCUCAGUGUUCGAAGCCGAGAUUGUGCUGCUGUUCCAUGCGACAACUUUCCGGAAGGGAUUUCAGGUGACGGUACAUGUGGGGAACGUGCGACAGACAGCUGUUGUGGAGAAGAUCCAUGGAAAGGAUAAGCUGCGGACAGGAGAGAAGGCUGUUGUCUGUUUCAGAUUCAUCAAGCAUCCUGAAUACUUGAAGAUUGGAGCCAAGCUGCUUUUCCGUGAAGGAGUCACCAAAGGCAUUGGGCAUGUCACUGACCUCCAAGCCAUCACCACCAAAGAAAAUGGCCUGGAGGAAUCUCUAGGGCCUGGACAGCUGAGCUUCUGACUACCACUAGGUCAGAGAGAUGUCUGCUCACCAGCAACCAGGGAGAAGGAUGAAAACUCCCGUGGGUCUCUGAGUGACGCCUGGAGCUGCUGCUGUCCCAUUCUAGCAGGGGUGUCUCUCCUCCGUACUGUGAGAUGGAGUCUCUGAGGGUUUCUCACAUUUAGUGCAGUACAUGAGGCAAGAUAAGCACAUUCUCCACAUUGCCCACUGCUUUUGUUAUCCUGCCUUCCUUCAGAAUAGAUUGGAGGCAACCACUGGUCUGGGCAGGCAAGUUCUGGCUUUGUUCACUGUUAGAAAAUUACUGUUUGAGAGGAGCAGAUGCCUUGGAGACAGGUAGUGAAGGGAUGUUUUUCCACCUGUGACACAAGAUCUGGUUCCAUUCCAGCUGUUUGAGCACUGGGUUGAUGCAGUCCUCAGCACAUCCCUCCAGGCAGGAGAUGGGAGAUGCCCUGCUGCCUGCAGCAAGAUCUUGGUUGAACCUAUCAAAAUGCGUUCAGGACACUUUUUAACAUUUUAAUCUUGGUUGGCUUUAAUCUGCUGUGUGUCCAUUUGUAUGUUGGUUUUGCAUUACUCCAGUCUAAGUGUCUUAACUAUUGGACAAGCAUCCUGUCCUGUUCCCCGUGUGCAUGUACACACUCCUUCAUGUGACUUUUAGGAAGCUGUGGCUGCUCAGUAUGGCACAGCCUCCUGGCAUUACAGCACGAAGGCAGAGUUAGCACUUGCAAACAGCUCCUUGCAGCAGCAGAGCAGGAGCUGUUUUGUGGAGCAGAGUGAGACCUGGGCCUGUGCUGGCAUGGGCAGAUUGUUUAAUGGCUGUUCAGCUACAGGUGAAGUCUACAUGCUGGCAGCAGUGGCUUGCAGUGAGCUCCCUGGUUUGGCAGCUCCAAGGCCCAGCCCAUGCUUGCCUUAAUGUGAGGAUAGGCCACAUUACACAAAACAAGGUGACUUCUGUUGUUUAGAUGUGAUUGGAAAGUGGCGUGACUUUAUUUUUCUUCUCAAGGAAGACUUUUUUUCUUUCCCCUGCCACUGGGGUGUGUUGUGAGUGGAAGGCCAUUGUUGCCGGCAAGGACUCUGCACGAGGAAGCAUUCUCAUUUCCCACAUGCUGUUGUGUGGCUGCUGUGUGUAACAGCUCUUCCAGGCCCCUCAGCCCAUAGGCAGGGUCUGUAGAACUGUACAUGGACUUCUGGUUUUCUCACUGACUGUCAGACCAGAAGAGUCAGUCGUGAGCAAUAGUCCUUCAGCCGACCUUGUCACAUGGCACAUAGCUUGCCAUGGGCUGGGUGGCCCAUGCUGCUGAUCUGUGGACAGCAUAGUACCUGGGGAGACAAAAGAUGCCAGCACUGCAGAGUGCAUGUUGGGGCUGGGGGAGGCUGGUGAAAUGGUGAUGUACCUGAAGGGACUCAAGAAGCAGCUCAAUAAUGGCAGAAGCAGGCACUGCCUGCCCAGUGGGAGGAGCACUGACCCAGCUGUAAGUCAGCUCAGCAGGGAGAACGCAGUUGCUGGGCCAGGGUCGCUGGCAGUGGCUGCCAGCAGGCUCUACCCUUUGGUGCUCGUGGCUCACUAAGAAAGCUGCCCUGGGGUGUGGGGAACAUGAUGCCAGCUGUUUGCAGCAGCCCUAGUGUCUUCCACACCAAAGCAGGCAUCGGCUUCUCUAAACCUCUCUGAGAUAGAUAGCUGAUGGCUGGUCCCAUCUUGUCCCUACCAGCUGUGGCAUGACUGUUCUUGGUGCCAUGCUCUUCAUAAUUGGUGUUUUGUUGUCUUGACAUUUUCUAAUGCUGGGGCUUGUCCCUGUUCCCUGAGUGUCUAUAAAUAAAUGUACAGAAUAAAGAUGUUUUAUGGAGGUUGCUGGCCGAGUUGUAUAGUGAGUGAGGGUGGAGCUAGGCUUUUGCUCUGCUGCCCUUGAGCUGGGUCAUAGCUGCCCUUCACCCUGCAUCCUGCACUCAGUCCUAUAAAUACCAUCCUAGGGCGUGGAAGGAAUGUGUGCAUGCUGCUGUUUACAGCCUUGCUCUCCCAACUUAUCUGAGCAAGCGUGCGGUGACAGGCAGCUAUGUCACUCUGAGCACAGCUCUUCUGGCUGCUGGGGGCGGGACUGCCUGUGGCUGGGGCUUCCUCGCUGUCACAAGUUGCUCCAGAGCCUAACUAAAGGGAUGCAUUGUAGGGCACAGACCUAACUGGUGACUUGCUUUUAAAAUAGCUCCAACCUUAUCAAGGGGUUUGCAGCUGCUGUGAUAUCUCCCCGAGAACACGUUGUUCCCUUGGGACAAGAGGCAGAAGGGCUUCCCCAUGGGAGUGAUGUGUGUCACUGAGUGGCUGCGAGUUCUCAUCUUGUUUUUGUGACCAGCAGCAGCGCCUGCUAAGGCCGGUCUUGCCAGACACUUAGGAAAUGAGGUGUGCUGCUGUCAGAGGACUGUGAGGCAACCCUGCCAGACUGGUUGCUAUUUCUCUUUCUCUGAGGACUUCAGGAAACUUGUCACUUUGCAAGGUGAGGGCUUUAAUUAAUGGGAGGGACUCUGUAAUUCCUUCCUCUGCUCGCUGCCAGCAGAGCUUGCUGCAACACCAGCUUUGCGUUGUGCUUCUCAACAUCUUGCAACUGUCAUGCUAUAUACACUAGACAGCCACUGACAGCAGUGUGGCAGCUUCCCAGCACGGGAGAAUGUUGGCUGAUGGAAGGAGAGCAGCUCACAGCUGGAAAUAGGAUGGUGCUGCUCAGAAACAAAAGGGAAACAGCACAUGCAACUAUGGCUGUACUUUGCAUCAUUCUCUGCUGCCUGACAGACUCUCCCCUCUGCUCUGGGAGAGAAAGACCGCAGCUGAUGAAACCCUCUGCAGAGUAUGCGGAGUGUUUCCUGGCCCCGCCAUGCACUGCUUUGACGUGGUAUGCUCCCUCCCACUGCUCUGGAGCUGGGCUCCAGCAGCAGCAGCCUGGCUUCUGAAAGCGACUCAGGGGCUCCAGGCACUGCAGCAUGGAGAUGAGCCCAUCUCCAGCCCCGAUGGAGGGUCUCCUGUCAGUGCCCACUGUUUUGCUGUAUAGUAGUCUGCUUUGUCAGCUCCGUAGCCACUGGGGUUAGUUGAUGUUAGCAGUGUUUCUUGUGCAUUCUAUAGCUGGUGAUGAGCACUGCAUACUAGGCAGCAAUACAGUUGCCAAACCAUACAUAAAGAAACCACUUAGGUGGAAGAAAUAAUCUAUGGGGGGGGGGAAAAAAAAAAGCAGUUCCCCUUCUGGGAGGAAGGAAUGGGAAACUUGACCAUAGGAAUAAGCUACUGUGAAUAAAUGUGGAAGUGCAAGGCCUGCAAGCGCAGCCAGUAGAGGCUAUCA